AUGUACGUGGAAUUCAUGCGGCAAUAUUUGAACCUGCGACACAUGAGGCCUGCUCCGUCGUCAACUGAAUCGCAUCCGGGGGCUUGCUACCUGCCUCAUCACGGGGUAUUGCGUCCGGACAGCUCAUCAACCAAACUGAGGGUCGUCUUCAACGGCUCGAGCUCCUUGCCGAACGGAGACUCCCUCAAUAGAUAUUUAGCAACUGGUCCGAAUCUACUGCCUUCGCUAGCCGACAUCCUGCUGCGCUGGCGACGUCAUCGCUACGUCUUCGCGACUGACAUCGAAAAGAUGUAUAGGCAGAUACUGGUGCACCCCGACGAUCAAAACCUGCAAAGGAUAUUGUGGAGAGGGAACGCCAAGGACGAAAUCAAGGAGUACUGGCUAAGUACCGUUACUUACGGUCUAUCCUGUGCUCCUUAUCUAGCGAUCCGCACUUUACGACAACUAGCCGAGGACGAAGGACAUCGCUACCCGAAAGGAGCCCUCAUCCUGCUGAGCGACGUCUACAUGGACGACAUCCUGGCCGGUGCGGAGACCAUGGAGGAAGCCGAAGUAAUGCUGCAACAGCUGACUGAGAUCUGCAGGGCGGGCGGCUUCUCACUUAAAAAGUGGUCGGCAAACCACUCGCUCCUGCUGAACGCAGUGGAGCCCGACGACCGUCUUCGACGAGAGGCCAGAUGGUGGCUGCCCGGCGAGAGUCACUCCACUCUCGGUUUACGCUGGCAACCACGUGACGAUCGCUUCGCUUUCGCAACCAAACUGACCACGCUGUCGACCUUCACCAAAAGGUCGGUAUUAUCUUUGACGGCGAAAAUGUUCGACCCUCUCGGCUGGCUGGCCCCAACAACGGUAUUAGCCAAGAUCUUCAUCCAGUCCACCUGGUUGCUAGGUCUUGAUUGGGACGCUCCGCUACCCAGCGACGACGAGAGAAGAUGGCUGCGAUUCCAGAACGAGCUGCCUGCUUUGGAAAACGUGCUCGUACCUCGAUGGCUGGGAGGUUUGACUGAUUCACAGCUGGAAAUCCACGGGUUCGCCGAUGCCUCAGAGCGUGCCUACUCAGCGGUGCUAUACCUGAGGACAGAAACAAAGGGUCUUAUUAAGGUGGCACUCUUAGCUGCAAAAACUAAGGUCGCGCCCUUGAAGCAAGUAUCACUACCUCGGCUGGAGCUGUCGGCCGCCACUCUUCUGGCUCGUCUAGUCGCCCACACCGUACCGAUCAUCGGAGCAGCCAAGGCACCUCUUCACAUGUGGUCUGAUUCCACCGUCACGCUUGGUUGGAUCCGUGGGCAUCCCUCGAUGUGGGCCACCUAUGUAGCUAAUCGAGUCAGCGAGAUCCAGAUGCUGAUCCCGGACGCCCACUGGCAUCACGUACCAGGUCGGGAGAACCCAGCGGACUGUGCUCCCGGGGACUCUACCCUAGCGAACUGGUUGACCACCCGCUCUGGUGGCAAGGUCCCGCAUGGCUGA